AUGGAUGCCUGCAAACCCUCCCCGGACAAUAACAGCGUGAGUCCCAAAACUGGAUACGCGGAGGGGGAUGUGUUCGAGGCUGAAGACGGGCCCAGGCUGGAGGGCAGUGCGUUGUGGACCGCGGUGUUCGACUAUGAAGCCACUGCGGAAGACGAGCUCAGCCUGUGCAGGGGGGACGUGGUGGAGGUGCUGUCCAAGGACUCGCUGGUGUCCGGGGACGAGGGCUGGUGGACUGGGAUGAUAGCAGACCGCGUUGGCAUUUUCCCUUCCAACUACGUGAGCGUAGGGAAAUGCAUAGACGAGGCGGAGGAUGCGCGGUCCGAGCAGAUGCCAGUGCCGUGUCUGCACCUGCUGGAGAUUGACUUCUCUGAGCUGACCCUGGAGGAGAUCAUUGGGGUGGGCGGCUUUGGGAAAGUGUACCGUGCCGUGUGGCGGGGAGCGGAGGUGGCGGUGAAGGCGGCGAGAAGGGACCCAGACGAGGAGGCCGGCCAGACCCUGGAGAGCGUUCGUCAGGAGGCCAAGCUGUUCGCCAUGCUCAGCCACCCCAACAUCAUGGGCCUGCUGGGGGUGUGCCUGCAGGAGCCUCAUCUGUGUCUGGUGAUGGAGUACGCGCGAGGGGGUCCGCUGAACCGCGCUCUGGUCCGCCGACGCGUUCCUCCCUGCACGCUGGUGGACUGGGCCGUGCAGGUGGCCAGGGGAAUGCUCUACCUCCACAGCCAGGCCAUCGUACCCAUCAUCCACCGGGACCUUAAAUCUAGCAACAUCCUAAUCCUGGAGAGAAUAGAAAUGGAGGAUUUGAGCAACAAGACGCUGAAGAUCACUGACUUUGGACUGGCCCGAGAGUGGCACCGUACCACCAAAAUGAGCGCCGCCGGGACGUACGCCUGGAUGGCCCCAGAAGUCAUACGCUCAUCCACGUUUUCCAAAGGGAGCGAUGUCUGGAGUUAUGGAGUGCUGCUGUGGGAGCUGCUGACCGGAGAGGUGCCUUUCAGAGGAAUCGAUGGCCUCGCAGUGGCCUACGGAGUGGCCAUGAACAAACUGGCCCUGCCCAUUCCCUCCACCUGCCCUGGGCCAUUCGCAAGACUCAUGGAGGCCUGUUGGAACCCGAACCCGCGCUGUCGUCCUCCGUUCAGCUCAAUCCUGCACCAGCUCACGGCCAUCGAGGAGUCUGGCUUUUUUGAGAUGCCUGCGGCGUCCUUCCACUCUCUGCAAGACGACUGGAAACUGGAGAUACAGGAGAUGUUUGAUCAACUCAGGAUCAAGGAGAAGGAGUUGCGUUCUUGGGAAGAGGAGCUGACACAGGCCGCACUACAGCAGAAAUGCCAGGAGGAGGCGCUACGGCGGCGGGAGCAGGAGUUGGCCGAGCGAGAGAUCCACAUUCUGGAGAGAGAGCUCAACAUCAUCAUCCACCAGCUGUACCAGGACAAGCCCCACGUGGAGAGACGGCAGGGCAAGUUCCGCCGCAACCGCCUCAAGCUCAAGGAUGGCAACCGGAUCAGCCUCCCAUCAGAUUUCCAGCACAAAAUUACAGUGCAGGCUUCACCGUCCCACGACCGACGCAGGAGUCUACUCAGCAGCAGCUCCAGUCCUCCCACCAGCCCCCUCGUUCUGCCCCGCCUCCGAGCCAUACAACUGACCCCGGGAGAAGGUUGUACUGGUUUUUACCGCACCUCCAGUAUGAGCCAAGAGGAAGAGGAGGUAGUUAAGAGAGGCUCCAGGAAGAAGGGCCGGUGCAGAGGCAGCGGAGCCCAGCGAGAGCACAGUGCUGACAAUGUAGUGAAGCCGGCUCAUGAGGGGACCAGGCAGCGCUCCUGCAGUGCCCCAAACCUGCGCAGAUCUCCCAGACACAGUCCUGCUGUGCCCGGGGUUCCCAGUCUGCUGGAGAUGGAAAAUGAAGACUGCUGCUUCUCUACGGAUCCCGGCACCUCUCCGGGACAGUCCUACCUCUGCAUCCCCUUCCACAAAGACCCUCACUCCUCCUCUACUGCUGCUGACUUUGAGGGAGAUGAGUCCUGUCCUUUGGCCAGCGUCCCGAGCUCUCCCCCCUGUAGAAAGAGUCCUGCUGGGGUGCGCUCCUCCGAUGUGGUCCUGGUCGGUUGUGGAGCUAUACUGGCUGCAGUUGGCCUUGGAUUGAAUGUGUUGUCUUUCGCUAAUCCUGAAGAAAGUGUCAAAUCCAAAUGGGACAGCUUGUUUCACAGGACAGGGGCACAGACACGUAAACUUUUCAAACGGGACAGCCCACUUAAACCACCUGAAAAGCUCCUGCCAUCUUCCUACACGCUGCUGUCGGAUUGUCACUCCACUCACUCACUGUUGCGAUCUGACAGUGAGGAGGUCUUGUUAUAUCGUCCAAAUUCACCGUCCCAAGCAUUCAGGUCUCCACCCCCGCGCCACGCCCCGUUGAAUCCCCUGGUGAACACGCAGGUGGAGAGUUUUAAACGUAAUCCUCGCCAGUCCCUCACGCCCACACACGUCCCGUCUGCACCUCCUACAUCACGAAGUCUACGGCGGAUCCCCUCGGACGGAGCCCUUAAAAAACAUUGUCCUAUAAACAGCCUGGAGCCGCUGCCAGAGAAAGAGGCGUUGGAAAGUAUUGGUAUCUUUAGACCAUUCAAAGACGACUUCUCCUAUGUCCCGCGGUUGCCAGAUCCAAACCUGGUGUUUCCACCUACUCCUCGUCGUAGAUGCCCACCGGAACGUCCCAAGACUUUGGACUUUGUGGCCCGACCCAGACCCUCCCCCCGGGCCCGUUUUGACCCAGCCUUCUGGUCUGAAUCCAGGCCGAAGGGCAAUGGGGAGUCCCCCCCAGCUCACACCUCCAGCACAGAAACCCCACCCACUGCGGAUUCUGGCCGGGACAGUGCGGUCCCACCCACCCCCGUGGAGACCCCGAAGCCUUUUUCACCACGAAAGACCCGAAAUCUUCUGGAUCAACUGGACAAGGAGCAGGGCCAGGACGGGACAGCGCCACUAUGCAAAACAGACAAUAGUUUUCCCAAAGACUCACCGUACAAAUACAAGCCUGGGUUCUGGUCCUAA